AUGUCUGGGAAAAGUGGCCUUUUGGAUCAGCUAUUAAUUGAGGACAUUGCACGCAACUGUCCACAGGAAUAUCUUGCAUUCCACCAGUGUAUGGGUAGGUCCACCCCAGAUGAGAAUAACUGUGCCUUACAGCAAUAUAAUCUCGCUGGGUGCAUAAAGAAGCUGGUACCUGCUUUCCAGCGGAUUCAAAGCAUCUGCGCCGGGAAGCUCCAGGCGUACGAAGCGUGCUUGAGAACCAGUGGAAGCAAAAAGAAAUGUGAAUUUGAACUAAAGGACUUGAGAGACUGUGCCUCCGGAUCAUUGAACUGA